CUGCAGUGCCAUCUGCAGGGGAGAUCGUGACAGUGGGUAAUGUUCUUGUUCUAGAAUUAUAAAAUUCUAGAAUUGUGAAUCCUAGGAAAGUGAUAGCCAGAUGGAUUAUUGGGUGAAGCAACAAGAUAACGUUAUGGAAAACCGCAUCUACGAUCUUAAGAAGAAGAAUGAUGAGCUGGAGAAGUUCAAAUUUGUGCUGGAAUACAAGGUCAAAGAGCUGAAGAAGCAACUCGAGCCACGAGAGAAUGAAGUGAAGGAGAUGAAGGAACAGGUCCAUGAGAUGGAGGCUGAGCUGGAGCAGUUCCGUAAGAAGUGCACUCAGCUGGAUCUUACCAUCUCUGAGCUGAAGCUGAAGCUCAAAGCCGCGACCAAGGAGAGGCAGAAAGAGAGGCAGAGGGUCCAAGAUGUACAAGCUGUACUGCACAGGUUUAAGACCGAUCUUCACAACUGUGUGGGCUUCAUCCAGGAGCCUAAGAAGCUCAAGGAGAGCAUUCGAGAGAUUUAUGACCGCUACGUCCAGCAGUCAGAUGUGGUGGAGAUAGUGGGAGUGGACGCUGAUGUCCAGCGAGAGUACAGCAGGCAGAGGGAGCACAUGGAGAGGAACGUGAACUCGCUCAAAAAGAAACUAGCAAAGGACAUCAAAGUGCACGAAGCGAAGAACAUCAAGCUCAUGAAGGAGAAUGUCUUCCUUAUUAAAGAGGUUAACGAUUUGAGGACAGAGCUGAGGCUGAUGCGAGCGCAGAUCCAUGAGUACGAAACCCAGAGAGGCUUCAGUAAGAACAAGAGUGCCACGCGCAUCAAGUCGCCGUCCUCGGAUUCAUCACGGCUGAACUUUGAGGGCGAGGCCGAACGCAUCAUCCAGCUGCAGCGCCUCGAGAUCCAGCGGCUGAGGCAGGAAGUACUGCAGUGUCAAGGUCAAGGUCAAGGUCAGGAUCAAAGCUUUGUCUUGCCGAGCAACAUCAAACUACCUGCCCUUACCACAUAAACACUCAUUAUAACGUGUACACACUCUUCACACCAUUUACACCCUCAUUCCACCACAUAAACCCUCUUCACACCACAUACACACUCAUUAUACCGCGUUCACACUCAUUACACCACGUAGACGCUCAUUACACCUCAUAAACACUCUUUAUACCAUAUACACACUCUUCACACCACAUACACACUCUUGACACCACAUACACACUCUUCACACCACAUUUAAAUAAAAUGAAGUUGGAUAUUGGU